AUGAGACUUGAUUCUAAGUCUAACUUCCAAGAAGCCGCCGCAAGUCUCACAGCACUGCCGGCAGGUGGCCAGGACCGUGCGGAAAGCGGUGGAGGCGAGCCAAAGGGCCCUUUCGCAUCGCUGCACACGCCGCAACAUGAUCCGCCAGAGGGAGAUCCCACAGACGGUAUGGACAAGUCGGGCAAGGAGCCAGAGGGGAAGCAGAACGGCGAAAAGGUAAGAGGAGCAGGGCAGUGUGGAUGGUGGGGUGGUGGUGAGGGCGGUGUGGGUGCCGAGGUGGUGGAGGGAGACCGCUUUGAAAGAACGGCAAGCGCACGCCUACUUCAACAAGUCGGCCCGGCGGUCUCGCACUGCGACGACACGCCGCGGAACGAGGGCCUCUUGGGUGCUGGGGGCGGUGAGGGCGGUGAGGGGGGGUGGGUGGUGGAGGCGGUGUGGGUGGUCUCAAGCUGGAGUGCUAGGAACCGUGUGAGUUGGGAGGGCAGCAGAGUGGUGGGGACGGUGAAGGCGGUGUGGGUGGCCAGGGCGGUGUGCGGUGAGAACGGUGAGGGCGUGGGGUUCCGGGCACACAAGCUGGUGGGGGCGGUGUGGGUGGCCGCAAGCUGGAAUGCUAGGGACGGUGGGGAGCAGGGGGCAGCAACCGGUGGAGGUGGUGUGGGUGUUGGAGGCGGUGUGGGUGGCCGCAAACUGGUGGGGGCGGUGAGGGUGGGGGCGGUGAGGCGGCUCGGUCUUGGAGCUGUCGCAACAGCUUUCCUCUUCUUACUGCUCUCGGUUUCCAUGUUCGCGCAGGUGACACGCGGCCCGCGGCGCGUCGGCGACGAGCCUACGCUAAUCGUGCCCGGAGCCAUGGAAGAAGGUCCAUUAGCACGGCUGAGUGGGUCAGGCAAGAAGGAUGAAGAAGGUCUGCGGCAGUGGUCGCCGGCCUGGCCUCAAGCCCCAUUCUGUGCAUUGGGCAUUCUGGUAGAUCUGCGAACUUGGUUGUCUCACCUGAACUUGAGCAGUGGCAGUGGCCAGAUACCUCUGAUAUCCUCUGAUCAUUUGGACAGUUCCACAGAACGGAAUCCGCUGGGUGAUUUCCAGCAGCGAGUCUAUGAGGUGGGCUUGGUUUGUCUUGCGAGUGGUAUCGUCAUCAACUUCCUGGCCGUGCACUUCUGGUUCCGUCGCAAAUUUCUGGUCUCGAUGCCCUGGUAUGAGUAUCACAAGCAUGGCCUCGGCCUGCACGUGAUUUUCCUUCUGAUGCCGCCUCCUCGGCCAGCAGUCCGCAGGUAUGCAAAUCCGCAAGCGUGCUUUCUCUUCACCUGCAGGCUUUUCGACGUCGACCUCUUCAAUAUACAUUUUGGAACGCCAAGCAAGAUGAACGAGGUCUUGUCCCGAAUUGGCUGCCUGUCCUUGCUGAGCGACACGCCACUGCUCGUCCUGAAAGCACUCGUCUACUUUCUGGAUUCUACUGGAAUUCAGGCCCCGAAGGUCACCCGGGUUUCGAUGGGCGUCACGGUGAUCCACCUGGCACUGGCUCCGAGCUCGAAGCAUUCGCUAAGAUGGCCAAGAGCCCGUCUUACCGGCUUCAUAUACGAGUUUGGGCUCGAAGGCAAUGGUCUUCCGGAUGCAGAACUGGGCUGUGAGGAGCCGCUCGAGGAAUUCUUUGAUGCCCUGCAAGAGAACGUGGAGCGGGCGACGCUGGAGACCUGCCAAAGCAGUGGGUCUACGUUCGUGACGCCAGUCCUGCGACCGCGCCCAGGCCCCUUGCCGUCUGCGCCGUCGAUCCUAAGCUCUUUUUCGCGGAAUUCGUCAUGCUCGUCUGUGUAUCACGAUGCUUUGUCCGAGUGGGAGUUGGACGCGCCAGUGAAGGCGCAGCUUGCUCAUCCCACUGGAUGGGGCCGAGUGGUGCAGCCGGUGAUCCUCUGCAAGGAACCGUUGAGCGUGCUGCUCUCGUUCCUGAGCGUGGGUUUCUGCCUCUGCCACGGCGACUGGCAUCGAGGGCAACGGGAAGCAGAGCGACUUCCGAUCCUGUCGAUCGCCUGCUUCUUGGGUGCCUUCGCUGCUUCCUUCCUUCCGCCACGCCUGCGGCCGGGUGCCCGGGAGGAGAGUGAGGACUACCGCCGCUACCUUCAACGAUAUAAGGAUGAGCUCAGAAUCUACAUCGGGCGAUUCCCGGGGGAGAUUCGCAACUUGCUUGACACCCGGACUGCCGAGCUGUGCCACGACAAGAAGAGCAAGGCCGAGAAGGUCAAGACCAAGAAGGAGCACAAAAGCAAGAAGGAGAAGAAGAAGGAGGGGAAAAAGAAGCAAAAGAAGCCAGCAAAGGAGAGCAAGCACCACACUGCGGAUGAGGGACUCCAGU